AACGAGAGUCAUCUCAUUCAACGAAUAGUUUCGAUGUCAAAUGGCAAUGCAUGGGUGCAUGCAUCUGACCCCAAGGAUACGACGAUCAUAUCGUGUCCGUGCAUGUGGGGGGCGAGCAUACAUGCAAAUGCAAUACAAGAUCAUGAUAGGAGCUUCCGAUUUUAACACCAGUUCCGUUGCGGAGGCGGAGGAGAUCAUUCAGAGCAAAGAAUCUGGAUCCAGAUUUCUCACUGCAGGUGGGGCCUUGCUUGCCACGUAACACAAGUUUUCUUGCCAGGGAAGUAAAGCAACGGAAACCGCCGCCAACGCCGCUCCACGUUAACUAUCGCGCUCCAGCCAUCACCGCGACGCGAGGAAAGAAAUCAAGAAGAACUCGCGACGUCCUCGCGGCGACGUUCGGUCCCUCGGCCGGCUCGACCUGCUAGUCCAGCCUCGCCCACCGCCCCGUCGUCCGUCCGCGCGCGGGCCGUUCUCGGGAGGAACCCAAGUUCCCGCCGCGCGCGCGCUUCUUCUUUGCCCCGCCCGGGAACUCAACUCACAUGGCGGCCGGGAGGAAGUCGGCGCCGAUCGGCAGCCGGUACGCCCGCGUGUGCGAGGAGUUGCUGGACAUCGGCGCCCGGAUCGCCGUGCGCUCCUACUCGCACUGCCCCCAGACGGGGCGCAUGUACUACAAGCCCCCCUCGGCCCCCGCCUCCGCCCGCAGCACCGGGCACGACGGGGCCGCCGACGCGUCGCCCGUGGCGACGGCGACCAGGUGGAAGCAACAGACGGCGCCCGAGGUGGAGUUCCGCGCCUCGGAGUUCAUCUUGUACGGCGGCGGCGGCGGCAAGAAAGAACCGGCACGUUGCUCGAGAUGAGACGAUACGUCCGCGUGAUCCGGACCACCACCACCAUGCCAUCUGCUCACCGCGCGCCGUCGCCUCCAGCGCGAGGGUCACUUGCCACGGGCACCACCACCGCCUCCCCCGCAGUUUGUGCCCUUCUCCGCCAACGUGCUCACACCGGUGAUUUCCAUGCGCCGCCGCUGAACUUCGCAUCGACGACCUUCAUGACACAUAUCAUGGAGUUCCGCAACGAUGGAAACCACUACAUGAUAAUAGAUAAAUCGCGCAUGCAGUAGAUUAAAUGUACCUUAAAUAAAAUUAUCAUUACUCACAGUAAAA